CAGUUCGUGAGUAAACGUCAGAUUGUUAAUGAUUCAAAUUGGAGUGCAACAAAAAUAAAUUGCUUUUAAUGCUACUGGCUAGAUCGUGCGUUUAAUUUUAAGAUUAUAGACAAAUUAAUUAUUAGUGUAAGAAAGUGUACUCAUACAUGUUUAUAGUGUCAAUGCAGUCCCAGACACUUAUUUGACAAUAAUGACAUUAAAAUAUAUUCAUAUAUUCAGUUGUUUAUAAUAUAUGUAUAUAUAUUUAAAUACAACAAUGGAUGCUGUAGGUUAUGUUUUUUAACCAUCAUGGAAACAACUUGGUACUAUACUUAUUAAUGUAUAAAUUGUGUCUGUUAUUUUAUCAAUUGUGUGAGGAUGAAUGGAGAAACAGAAUAUAAUGUCGCCACUAGGUAUCGGACAGUUAGAAAGCAUCUGGAUAAUUUGGGAUACAAGCAUGCUUUAUCGUUAGAUGCUUUACCUUUGAUAGAGGCUUUACUGGCUGAUCUUAUUCAAACUACUGACAGUUUUAAACAUUUUAAAACUAUUGCUCAGGAGAACAUUGAGGAAUGUAAUCGGUUACAAUUGACAGUUGAUCCUUACAAGUGUGAUAAUACAAGAUUAGUGCGGGAAUGCAACCAGCUUCAUGCAGAUCUCUUAGAGGUUAAGGAAGUACAUCAAAAGCAAGUCAGGGAUCUCAAGAAGCAGAUAUAUAAGGUAGAACAUGAAUGCAAUGAUCUGCAAUUGGCAUCCUCCCGUAACAUACAUAAGAUAAAGGAGUUGGAGAAAGAAUCAGCUGCCAAGUCUAAGAAAAUAUUGGAGCUUCAAGGCAAAUGUUUAAAACCAACUAUUCUUAAUGCUGGACUUGCUGCUAAAAAGCGUCCCUGUUUCCCCCUUCGAAGACCAGUUUUAGAAGCUGAACCAAUGCCAAGACCAAGAAGCAAUAGCUCGCUACCGAAAUUAAACAGUGUAGAACCAAAGAUAAUGAAUAUAAUGAGCAUGGCAGAUCAUAAAAUGAAUUGUUUAAGUCAGGAGGUAACAAAAUUACGAGGGGAGCUUUUAUUACAAACUGAAACUGUAGAGACUCUUGAGAAACAGCUAACCACGAAAGAAAAAGAAAUAAUUCGAUUGAGAAAAAUGUUGGAAGGUGGCCGUUCUUAUGCUGCAGUUACCAAAGACUGCAUCUGCAAGAAGAUGGAAAAGAAAUCUGGCGCUGUUCAUGACAUUAUGGAAUUGAAUGAAGUGAGGACUCUUCAACAGGCCAAGUUAGAGUUGGAACAGCAACUAAAAGAAGCUCUAAAUAAACAACACGAUGCCAUGUCUCAGGCAAUGAAAUUAGCAACACGAAAUGAGGAGCUAGAAAAAGAAUUGAAGGAUAUUGAUCAUGUUGCAUUAGCUGUCGAAGCUGAUUGCAACUCUACAGUCAAAGAAAAUAACAGGAGAGUUUGUAGACUUCAGGAGAAGUUAGAAGACGUCAUGACACAAGUACAUAUCCUAGAACGCGAAUUAACCGUAGAACGUAGAGAGGUGCAGGAAUUGAGAGCGGAUUUAGAAGCAUGCAGGCUUGAGAAACAUAACAUUCAACGCACUCUAGAAUCUACAUUAGAUGAAAAGAAACAGAUGUCCGAUAGAAUCAAUCAACUAACAAUCAUUGAGAAAAGUUUAAAUGAUGAAAUAGAAAGACUGACUAAAACAAACGAAUGCCAAAGGCAAGAUAUUAAUCUGUUGCAAUCUACUAAUAAAAUAUUAGAACAAAUGCGUAUGAAGAAUAUUGUACAAACUAACGAAGGGGAUAAUCAAACACAGAGAAAAGUAAAGGGGGAAAAGAAUGAUCAGAAUAAAGGGAUAAAAACAUUGAAGAAAAAAAUUGCAUCCAAGAACCAUAACAGCGAAAAAUAUGAAAUAAAUCAUCAUUCAAUGGCAAAAGACGCAGAAGUUAAAAAAGAUACAAACAAUUUUGAUAUGCAAAAACAGAUUGACGAAGCGGAUUUAAAAAUUUUGUCUCUGCAACAGUCAAUCCAGCGAUUGGAGGCAGAACGAGAUCAUUACAGAAAAGAGUACAUUAAUUGUCGAGAUGAGCAGCGCAGACUAUCGGAUAAAAAUAAUGCUGACUUGUGGACACGAAUUUAUGAAUUAAAACGCGAGUUAGGCGAUAAGGAGCAAGCUUUGAGCAAAGCACAACUGGAGAAGGAAGAAUUUUAUCACCAGAAGGAGGAUCUCGAAGCACGAUUGCAGACUUACAAGAAUCAGCAGAGACAAACGUAUGCUCCUUGCAUACCUUGCAGCCUGUGCAAACCUGCCUGUAUUUGUACCUGCGUGACCGGUUCACCGAUCUCCACCGGAGACCUUAGCGCGACAAAGACGAUGUUUGAACGUCUGGAACGGGAACGAGACACUGCCAGGGCAGAUGUGCAGCGACUGAUAGAGGAGCGUGAUGCGUUACGAGAAAGGCUUGAGAUGAUGUCGGAAACGCACACAAGCGAACAGCUUCGUCUGAAGGAGAGUUUAGUCGAGACGGAGAAUCGAUUGAAACGCGUGGAGAAAGAACGGCAAGACCUGUUAGUUACUCAGGGCACGAGGAGGGUGACGAUAAACGGCCUCGAGGACCAGUUGGGCGACGUGCAGGAAGAGCUACACCGCACCAAGCAGGAAUUAAUGGCACAACGGACGCAAUAUUUCCAAUUACGAACUCUGCAAGAUCAAACGGAUCAAGCACUUGGAGAUGUGCAGGGCCAACUGUCGCAGGCAGAAUCGGAGCUGAACAAGGCUAUGGACCGCAAUAAGAGUGUGGAACAACAACAGGCGCAGUCGAAUGAUCAAAUCAAGGAAUUGAAACAAGAAAUUAACACUUUGCGCUCGAGCAUGACACACUUGGAUCAAGAGAAGGAUCGAUUGUUGGUGGCAUUGGACGAGAAGACGGAGAAGAUUGCCGCAUUGGAGCGAGAACUAGUGCACAAGGAUCAACAAGCGGACGGUAUGCAGCAACAAAUCCGCGACUUACAGCAUAAAAACGAAAUAUGCGUCGACCAGAGCGCGGAGCAGGAGCGUCAGCUGAGAUCGCUGCAGCUGGAGCUGGAGACGUUGCAGCGGCAGUUCGAGGCCGCGUCGGCGGACCGCGAGAACGCGAUCCAGGAGAACCGGAAGCUGCAGGACGAUCUGGCGGCGGUGACCUGCGAGGUGCGGAACUUGCAGCGCGACCUGGAGACCUCGCGGGCCGAGUGCUACGACCUGAAGAGGCAGCUGCAGACCUACGUCAGCGAGGUGCGUCGCGCCGAGGAGCUGCUCAAUCGAAAGGAGAACGAGAGAACGGAAAUGCUGAACCACUUCCGAAGCCUCAGCCUGGAGGCGACGGUCUUGGAGAACAACAACCACAGCUUGGAGUCCGAGGCGGCGGAGGCCAGGGGCGCCCUUCAAACCGCCAGGCAUCAGAUACUCGAUCUGGAGCGUCAGCUGGCGGACAGGGAUUGCUUGAUAAAAGGCUACGAGACGCAGAUCAGCAACCUAACGCAGAGUGUCGCCAGCAUGGAGACGCAGCUACGACAGCAGCUCGACCAGAGGCACCGUGCCGAGGCCGAUCUAAUGGCGGUCAGAGACCUGUGCGUGAAGCUGGAUCAGCAGAAGGACACGCUUGCGGAGCAGCUCGGUGACAAGGACACCGUGAAAGCGCAUUACGAAGCGCAAUUGUCGAGACUGAAGACUGAGCACAGUGUCAUUCAAGAACAGGUGACGAGAGAUCGCGUGACUGUCGAACGACUGGAGACACUCUUGGAUCAAGCGAGGCAGGAAUCCAUCGACGCGCAGGCCGCGAAUCAAGAGCUGCAAAAUGAGAUCGCUAGGUUGAAGCAGAAAGUCUCCGAACUUCAAAGUAAAUUAUCAUCGGAAUCCGCAGAGCUGAGGCAGUAUCAGAAUCAAGCGGCGGAGUACAGCAGACAAAUCAGCGAGCUCCGUAGACAAGUCACCAACGAGAGAUUUGAUCGUGCGCGAAAGGAGGAAGAGACUCGCAGGUCGCUAAAUUCAUCUCCGGACAGUUUCAAUGUAGAUUUAAAUGUAGUCAUAUAGGGGACACACUGCGCAUACGAUGUCCCUUGAUCCGUAGAUAUUUGCAGCGCGAAGAAGGUAACAUCGGUAGAUAAAGAUAUACCGCAAGAUUGAUUUAACGUGUGCAAUGCGACUUUGAAUGUAAUUUGCACGCGUACUAAGAAUCGUCAAAUACUUUGUGAUGCUCGUGUGAAUGCAAAGAACGAUAUACAUUACAUUGAUAUAUUUCCUUAUCGAAAAUAAACGAAACACGAAAUUGGAAAGAUUCGUGCGACCAAGAAACUAAGAUUUCUUCAAGAAAUAAAAGCGGAAUUGAUGGCAGAGACUUUGGAAUACUUGGAAAAUAUACGAUCCAAAUUGAUUACGUUGCAAGAUACAAGUUUUUAUACGGAAGAAAAUGUAAAGCUUGCUACUUCUACUUUUCUGCAAGCCAAGAGUGUUUUUAAGAUAAGCAGUUAGAGAUAUACAUGAUAAAAGCAUUAAAAUCGAUCCUAAAAUUCUUUCUACAAUUCUGAGCGAAGCGAUGUAGCAUCGAAAUCUCAUUUUGAGAUGUUAAAUUUAAAAAGAUACACACAAAUUCAAUGUUAUUUCUAUUCCGUGAAUAAUUCCAAGUUCUUAUGUGAAGAAUAUUAUGAUGGAUCAAAUAAGAAAAAAAGUACGUCUACAUGAAAAAUAAAUUAAUACAUGUAUAUAGAAAAAAAUAACAAAUUUUAUAUAGCCAAAUAAAAAUGAAGAUCGUUCUUAUACAUGCAACAAUUUAUACGAGUAUAAACUGUUUUGAACUAUCAAUAUAUAGAACGAUCAAAUAGCACAAAUUGUACUUAAGACUUAUAUUAAAAUUAAAUUGCCAGCAAGAUGCAAUUAAAAUAACUUAAGCACUGAAAACGUACAAAAGAGUGAAUAUAAAGUGUUUCGUAGACAACACUUUGAAAUUAUUAGAAAUAUUAAGAGAAAAGAAUAAAAAUAGAAAAAAAAAAUCAAAAGAGCAAUAUAAAUUACGAGUCUUAAUGGGCUAUAAAUGAAUUUUAUGAGGUUUAAAUUAUUGUAUGUGACUGAGAUAAAAAAUAAUAUACGAGAAAUAGCCAUAUUUAACAAAUCUUUCGAAAUUAAGACAAAAUAAGUGUCCUUCGAAAAGCCAAACGCUUUUCAUUUAUAAAUAUUUUAAAUAUGUCGAUAGCGUAAUACGAUAUAUAUAUAUAUAUUUUUAACUUUUGUACACACACGAUUAAUAUCGCAAU